GUGGCGUCUCCAGGCAGCGCCGCCCGGUUCCGGGGGCGCACGCGCCGUGCUGCGCCGGGGCGCCGGCUCCGCCCAGCCCUGGCCAGCAGGCAUGGCUUCGAGCAGGGAGGACCUGAGGCGGCGGCGAGGGGCCGGUGGGAAGGUCGCCGCUGCCGCCGCCGCCGCCACCGCAGCAGCGGGAGGAGGAGGAGACGCCCCCGGCGCGCGAGAGCCGCGCAGCCCCGCGGCGCCCUCCCUCCUGCGCCCCGGCACCUUCUGGCUGACGCGCCUGGCGCUCCUGCGCGCCACCGCCUUCAUUUACUUUAUUGCUUUUUUGGUGGCUAAGCAUCAGAACAAGGCCCUUAUUGGAGAGCAGGGACUCCUGCCUUGCAAGCUGUACUUGGAGAGCAUCAAGCGGUAUUUCAAGGGGAAGAUCAGCCUGGAGGCCUGGAGCUAUGCCCCGACUUUGAUUUGGUUCUUUGAUUGGUCCAGCAUGGACAGCAUCCUGGAUGGCUUUGCCCUGGCCGGCCUGGCGAUCUCAGCGUUCGUCCUGGUCACCGGAUGCGCCAACGUGAUUCUCAUGACAGCUCUAUGGGUGCUUUACCUCUCGUUAAUUAACGUGGGACAGGUCUGGUAUUCCUUUGGAUGGGAAUCUCAGCUUCUGGAGACAGGUUUCCUGGGAAUAUUCCUCUGCCCGUUCUGGACACUUUCCCCAUUGCCCAAACACACCCCGCCUUCCCGCGUAGUCAUCUGGGGCUACCGAUGGCUUAUUUUCAGAAUCAUGCUUGGUGCGGGUUUGAUUAAAAUCCGAGGGGAUCGUUGCUGGAGAGAUCUGACAUGCAUGAACUAUCAUUAUGAGACGCAGCCUGUGCCAAACCCUGUGGCCUAUUACAUGCACCGCUCGCCAUGGUGGUUCCAUCAGUUCGAGACGCUCUUCAACCACGUCAUUGAGCUGGCUGUGCCCUUCCUCGUCUUUCUUGGCCGGCGCCUGUGCAUCGUGCACGGGGUUCUGCAGAUUCUCUUCCAGGUGCUCCUCAUUGUGAGCGGGAACUUGAGCUUCCUUAACUGGCUAUCGAUUGUGCCCAGCAUUGCUUGUUUCGACGAUGCCUCCUUGGGGUUCCUUUUCAGCUCCAAAGAGAAAAGUCUGAAGGCCAGAGUGCUGGAGAUGCAAGUCAGAGAGGCAGCUGGGAAAUCAGAGCCCUUGCGACCUGGUUGCUACAUCCGCAAGGUAGUGAACCUAUCCUUCGGGAUCCUGAUUGCCUUCCUCAGCAUCCCAGUGGUUAUCAAUUUGCUUAGCUCCCGACAACUCAUGAACACUUCCUUCAACCCUCUCAGGAUAGUCAACACCUACGGGGCCUUUGGAAGCAUCACCAAAGAGAGAACUGAGGUCAUAAUUCAAGGGACAUCCAGCCUGGAUCCCAACGACUCUGCUGCAAUUUGGGAAGAGUAUGAAUUUAAGUGUAAACCUGGGGACCUGCACAGGAGACCCUGCCUAAUAAGUCCGUACCACUAUCGCCUGGACUGGCUCAUGUGGUUUGCUGCAUUCCAGACCUACGAACAAAAUGAAUGGAUGAUCCACUUAGCCGGAAAGCUUUUGGCCAACGAGAAGGAAGUUUUAUCUCUGAUGGCAUUCAAUCCGUUUGAGGGCAAGGCCCCACCAAGAUGGGUCCGAGGGGAACACUUCAAGUACAAGUACAGCAGGCCAGGAGGGAAGCAUGCUAGAAAUGGGAAAUGGUGGAUCCGAAAGCGCAUCGGACCCUAUUUCCCACCAGUCAAUCUUGAGGGCUUGAGGAAGUUUUUUGAGGCUCGGAACUGGCCUCAACCAAAGCAAGACUGAUGAACUGUUGAAUGCCUUGACUUCGAAAAUCCUACUUUUUUUUUUUAAUUAAGUCUGUAAUUUUUUUUCACUUUCAGCAUUUUACAUUAAAAUGGACAAGGCGGUAUAAA